AUUGCGCUUCGACGAGAUUGGCCAUGAUCUGUUCACCGAUUCCGAUAGUCUAUCGUACGCGUCCCUGAGUCGAUCCUCGUCGCUGAUCCAGUUCGAAUCGUUGGAACGGCAGCUGCAGAACGAGUCGGUGGCGGUAGCCUCGGUGCCACUGUCCGGUUCCUCGCCGUCACUAUUUUCGCUGGGAGGCGGCAGCGCCGGUGCUGGGUCAAUAGCGGAAGAAGCCCAAGAUUUGGGUUGUGGAACGAACGGCGUGGGUGCAGAUUCGCUCGGUUCGUUCUACAUAAGCAGUCCUGGCAAGAAAAACGCGGGUCUACUAACUGCCUCGAAUCUGAAACAGCAGAACCAGCAGCUGAAGGCUGGCGGUGUGGUUGGGGGCAACAUUGGGUGUAAUGGGGUUGGAGCAAAACAACCGGCGCUGAAUGUAAGUGAUUCUGAGCUGUACUCGUCAUCGAGCGUGAGUAGUAGCAGUGGCAGCAGCAGCGGAGGAGGAAGCAGUUGCAAUUAUGCCAGUGACGAGUGUGAUUUGAACCACGGGCAUACGCCGAGCCCCAGUGAAUCUCAAGUGACCAAAAGUUCUUCGGAUGAGGCGGAAGGAAGUCUGGUUCGAUGUCCGCAGCGAUGUUCCGAGCGGCGCCGAUCUUUCCAUCAGCUGAAAUCGAAAAAUUCCGUUGAGAGCCUCAGUGAGGACAGUGGCUAUUGUGACCAUUUGCAUUUCAACAUGAACAAUUUAAAAGUUAAGUCUAAAAGUCUGACCAACUUUGGGUCGGCUGAGAAUGUAAACAUCUUCAUGGAACCGCAACAGCCGCCGCCAGACUAUUUCGAGCAGCGUCAUGUUUCGUUCCAUCAGGAAAAUCGUCUUUCGACCGUGUGCGACGAAGAUGAGGAGCAGGAAGAGGAGACGCCACCCCAUGGGAUGGAAUGUGAGGAAGGGCGUGAAGUCCACCAUAUGGAGGAAUCGCAGUGCAACAGCGAGGAAAGUCUAUCCAAUAAGUACGACAGUAACAAGGUGGAACAGCAGCUCUGGUACGGGGCGAACGCGAAAACCAAUAUUCAUAAUUGUACAAAAAUAGAUUUAGAUACAAGUAAACAUUCGCGCACGCCCGGCUUCGAACAUCCACAACAGUCCCCAUCAUUCGUGGUAACGACCAAAACGAUUCCUCCCGUGUCCCCAUCGACGUCACCGUCCCCGGCCGGUUCGAAUGAUUCUCUCGAACGGCGGCGGCAUCCGGCACAUUCGGGCACGAUCGCAACAGCUCUGGAUCGUCACCACGGCUACGCCGCUGAGCCGAAACCUAAAAAUAGUCAUCGCCGUCCACAGCAGCGGGAUGAUGCAGAACAGCUUUCCUCAAACUCACGAAAACGACCUCGGUCGCAGCAACAACAGCAGCAGAAUCGCCGGCGGAGGACCAUCAUUUCUGCCAGUUCUCCCGAUCUGUUCAGCAGUGAACAACGUCCCGGUGCCCUGUUGUUGUCGUCGUUGUCUUCGAGUGGUUCCGCGGGAUCGAGUCGUAGUCGUAGUCGCAAACAGCAGCAGCAGCGGAAGGUGAGCGACUUCCUGGAGUACGGUGCCGUAAAUUUUACUGUGUCCAGCGUGCCGGAGUGUUUGAAUCUGUGUGGUAGCGGCGGCGGCCGAGAAGAAGGUAUCCAGUCGGAUUCGCUGGACUCGUUUGAGCUGUGUGAAUCGGGACCGAGCUCCGGGAAUUAUUGUUCGUGGAACCAGAACCAGCCGGACUCGGUUGCUAGUAAAAAUUUCGAUUUGUACGAUUAUCGUGGGGUAGAGGAGGUUCCGGUGGUGGUAAAAAACGUGAAAACGGUAACGUUCCAAACGAGUGCAAGGCCGCGCGUGAACAUCCGGGCCAGUUACGCCAAUUUGACUGCCCUGGAUUAUGGUGAUGACGAGGAUGGUAAUCAGUAUUAUUUGAGCCGAAACACGUUCAGAACUAGUAGUGGGACCAAACUUGGAGGGGUGCGCGAGAUGGCCGGUUCAUCGUGGGAUAGGAAGAAACUGUUCGAUGAGGAUGACGAGGAAGAGAAAAUAUUUCCGGUCGAGAGCGACGAGAAGAGUACGUUCGAUUCGCUGCUGGAUGAGAUUUCGGCACAUUUCGAUAGGAACCUAUCGAUCAUUAACGAUCAGGCGGAAAUGUACGAACCGAUAGCGACGUUUUUGAACGAGCAGAGGGCAAGCUCUCGUUCGUCGUCGUUUCAAGCGUUGGUAUCGCCUCCUGCCCCUCCGCCGAGGCGGACCCAAAUCAAAACAAACCCGCACCACACCCAACCGGGGCCAACGAUGACGACAUUCAAACCUCAACCGGGAGUAAAGAAACGUACCUUCGAUCAGGACCCAACGAAUCUGGUCACCUGCUACGCCGCCAGCCUGGAGAGAUGUACCUUUGAUCCGAGUGAAUCAACCCUUAACUUAUAUAACAGCAACAACUCGACGAUCAACAAAACAAGCGAUUUGAAUAUCAAUCAACCUGCUGCUAGAAAAAUUCCAUCUCGCUACGCCCCAAAGGCGGCAGCGGCGGCAAAUAAGCGUGAGUUUGUUGCUAGCACGCCUAAUUUGAAUUAUUUCUAUGGAAGUAGCGGCGGCGCCGGCAAUGAGGACGAGGGUGGCCUGAACGCCGCCCAUCACAACUCGUUGAAAAAUGUGUCCUGCCUUGAGAUCGGCGGCACCGGAGGUGAGUUGGGCUCCCGGAGCACAGGAAUACUGGCAACCAGCUCCAAGUGUGGUCUUUCGAAGGGCGUAAGCUUUUGUCCGAUUGUGUCGGAAAUCAUAUGGAAGGAUAACUCCGGCUCGGAGCUGGACCAGAGCGAUAAUGGCAGCGUGAUAUCAAACCAGGACUUCGAAAUCGACGUCGACGACGAUGACUUCGAUCAGUAUGAUUACGAUCACGCGAAUCUAAUUGCCACACAAACAAACACCCUGAUUAAUGCAAACAGUGUGGAAACCGGGCUGUGUGAGCUCAUAAAUAAAGCUGAUUCAUCAACAAUUGGUGAUGUUCAAUAUCGGAACGAAACGACGACGCCCACCCUCAACGAUUUUAGUAAUCAAAAUCAGAGAGCGGACGAUCGACUGGCGGCUCUCUUGGCUGAGAGUGGUGACGUCAUCGUCCGGAAGGCGUCGCUCUCACCGGAGAGAGUUGACGAUCAAUCGAGUGAGCGGGACAACAAUAACGGCGCCGCUGGAAGAUUGACGGCGCCGUCCGCUCGAUCGCUGGAAGCUAGCAGUUCUAAAGUGAUCACCGCCGAGGAAGGUUCCAUGAAGAUGGCGUCGUCGUCCGCGAUCGCGAAUGGUGUUGACGCUAGCAGAAAUUUGAUCGGUUCCGAAUCAGCGUUUGUUGUGCCGCCUCCCGUUGUUGUGGUAGAAAAUGUGGCUCCGGUUUCCGGGCAGCUCGAACUGGAACAGCCACCGCGUGCCGCCGCGAAUCCUGCUCCGGAGAAGUUUGUGAACAACAAUAACAAUCUAAUAAAAAAUUUCAAAAACGGUAAAGCCGAGAAAAAGGGAAAAACGUUCCUGUCCCGACUCUCGUCCGGGUUUCGGUUCUCGUUCCGUGGCAAAUCGAAGAAGAACAACAAAGAUGGUGUCAAUAGUGGGUCAUCGAAGGCGGGUGCUGCUCGCAUUGAUAAACAAAACUCGUCGUCCCCUGGCAAAGUGAAGGACUCAUCGAACAACGAUAAGGUAUCGACUGAUUUCAUAUACAUCCCACUGAAAGAUCCAGCUGUACAGCAUCACAGCAGCAGCAACGGAUUUAACAAUGGUAGUGGUAGUGGUGCUGUUAUCGUUGACGACGAGCAAAAAUAUUUGCGACAAAUGAAUACAGUCGGAUUGGAACAAGAAAAGCAACAGCAACUCGGCGAAGACGAGCCAGAUAGGGUUUACGAUGCAAACGAGUCCGAUGUGACGCUCCGUUCCGACUCGAUGGGAAUCCUAAAUUCGAGCAGCGCCAGCAGCACUGCCUAUGGGGGACCACAAAACCACGUGUUGAGCGGGAAACCACCCCUGCCGAAGCUACCCCCACGCGUUGUCGGUGUGAGUGCAAAACGACCCACCCAGCCGACGGCCAGCUCCCGAUUCGGGGCGCAUGCCCAGCUGCAGCGAGCCUCCUCGACUCCACCGAGAACGGAAAUCGAUCUGGACGAAAGCCACCGGAGCUACCACCUUGCUCCUCAGUACGGCAACGGCUCCGAUACGGAUCAUAACGACGACGGUGCUUUCGAAGGACUCUCGGUGUCCGCUCUAGUCGGUCGGUAUAGUCUCGGUGAAAGACAGGCGGCGGCCACAGGCCAUCAUCAUUACAACCGGCAGCAUCCAACAUUAGGAGGAGCUGCUGCUGCUGACAGAACCAAUUACUUCAACCACAUUAUGGGCAGCGAGCAGAAGAUCGGUCUCAUCGAGACCAAUCUGGAUACGCACGAGACCAUCAUCUCCGGCAAGACCCGGUCCCUGAUGGAACUGGGCGGCCCGGCUGCAACGCUGCAAGUGCACCACCCGGGAAAUGCCUCCGGCCACGGUGGGGUUUCCAAGCGUGGUGGUGCUGGCGGAAUCGUUAAUGGGAUUAAAGACCGCCAGACGUCGAACGGCGGGGCUGGCGAACCCGGAAGACCACACAAAAGUAUGGAGUUUUUGUUGGAUAAAGAAAAUCAGCGAAAUGUUUUG